CGUUACCGAGAUAGGCGGCAUUAUCCGUAAAAUAACUACCUUUCCUGCCGGCUACUUAUAAUCAUACCUUUAUGAAUAAAAUAACCAUAAGUAGCUCGAGCACAGUAUAGAGACAUGUUGCUAGAUGCGAGCUUACUUUUCAUUGGCAGAAAUCGUAAAAAAAAAUCAGAAGUCCGACAUGGUUAAAAGUGGAAAAAGUCCAAAAUUUGGAAAAUUUCCGCGCUCUCGCCGCACACGAAAGAUGUUUUUAUAAAAUUACAACUGCCGGAGACUCUAAGUGCAAAGCUACAGCUGCCUAAAUAAUCAAUUUCACCAAAAAAUCCUGUCUUUGAAGCAAUAAAUAUCAGCCAGUUUUUAGGAAAUAAUGCCUCUUAUCUCGGUAACGGAAAAGACCUGAGAAGAGAUAUUUUCGAAUUAGUCAUGUACUAAUAAGUAACUUGCAAAAAAGAAUUUUCUUCAACUCGUCUGCAAAAAAACUCCAGCCAAAUCUAUUUCGACUCCAUAUGGUGUCUGUGAAAAUAAUCUUCUAUAGGGAGUAGAGUUUUUUGAAAGCAAAAAUAAAACAUUUUGUUUUUGUGGUAAUGAGAAUCUUCAUUUGCUUUUGCUUAUAUGGGUUUCCCUUCAAGAAGAUUGAAAUUGGCGGGUAAAAGGGAAGAAAGCUAAAAGUCGCUAAAAAAAUGUUUUAUAAAGCAGAAAGCCUUAGUCAAAAGUAGAAAAAGAUUUAAGAAGACGGCAAAAAGCGUUUACUAAAGCUUUUUUUAGAAAUUUAGUUAAAUGCAAUGACACGCUACCGCUUUCAAGUUUAGUAGGUUAUUAAAUCCUAAAAGGAUUUUUACUAAACUUUCGAAGCGGUAGCGUGGCAUUAUAAUUUGCUAAACCGAAAAGGGGUUCAGUAAUGACGCUUUUUGUUUACUAUGUAUGCCUGGUGUCUGGUAUAUAAAUAAGAGAAUAUAAGAGUAGAAUACUAUAAGAAAAGAAACGGGGGACGCGGCAAAAAAGGAAUCUAUAGAGAACCUUCGUGUUGCGAUAGGUCCUGUACGGAACCCUUUUUUUAGAGGCUACUCUGUCUGUCCUUUCUGUCUAUAUAAAGCGUCGUUUUGCCCAAAAUAAACAUGCUUCUUCUGAGAGUCACGCGAAUAUCUGUUGGUUGUCCUUCGUUUCGUAGGUUAAGAUCUCACAGUAUCGCUCGAGUGAUAAGCAGCAUAAACUUAUACACGAACUCAGAAUAAAACCUUACGAGAAUUUUCCUUUCGUACAGGAUUUUUAAGAAUUUCCAUGGGAGUUUUAGUUACUUUGACGAGAAUUUCACUUAUAUGAAAGGGACUAUGUAUUCCCAACGCAUGCCUUACAAGAAUUGUGCUUUCACAUAAAUUCUGACAAGUGCCAGCUGAAUUCAAGUCCGUUAUGCGAGAAUUUUGUCUGCUUAUACAACUAACAGCAAAACUACACCUUUUUAUUUUCUGGCAUUCACUCGCUGCUCAUUAACCUCUCGUCGUGUCUCCAACGCUAGAAAGUACCCUAACGCCUUCCAUGUCGUUUCUCCAGAGUGACUCAUUUAUCGUGGAUCUACGUGCCAUUUAUCAGACUGUAUCGAUGAGGAAGCCAAAAACACAGCACUGCAAAUUUCCAGCCCUAUACUAACACAUCAACACAAUAUUGCAUUAGACUAUUUAAAUUAAACCGACUGUUCUAUUUUGUCUCACUUUAGCGUGUACUACUCCAUUACUGACUAAUAGCAUAUAUGCCACUGGACAUUAUCCGAACUCUGUGACAACAGGUGAUUUGAAUAAUGAUAACACAGCUGAUUUGAUCAUUGCAAAUUCCGGUGAUAACACCGUCAGCAUAUUGCUCGGUAUCGGCAACGGAAUAUUUCAGAGUCAACCAGUCUAUAAAAGUAAGAGUUAUCCAACUUCUGUGACAACCGGCUAUUUCAACGAUGAUGACAGACUUGAUUUGGCUGUUACAAAUUCCGCUGAUAAUACCGUCAGUAUAUUGCUCGCUAAAGGCCCCCAGACAUUUGAAAGUCAAGUCACAUAUGUUACUGGGAAUUCCCCCAACUCUGUGACAGCAGCUGAUUUUAAUGGUGAUGCUAAAACUGAUUUCGCUCUUGCAAAUUCCGGUGAUAACACUGUCAGUAUAUUUCUCGGUAACGGUGACGGAACAUUUCAAAGGCGAGUCACAUACCCAACUGGUUAUUUUCCAACUUCGGUGACAAGCGGUGAUUUCAAUGGCGACAAGAAAACUGAUUUGGCCGUUGCGAAUGACGACGAUACCGUCAGUAUAUUGCUCGGCAACGGCAACGGAACAUUUCAAAAGCAAGGGAGAUAUGACACCGGGAAUAGUCCCAAUUCGGUGGUAACAGGUGAUUUCAAUGGCGAUAACAGAACUGAUUUGGCUGUUGCAAAUUCCGGUGGUAACACUGUGAGUAUAUUGAUCGGUAAUGGUGACGGAACAUUUCAAAGUCAAGUCGGAUAUGACACCGGAACGAAUCCCAAGUCUGUGGCAACGGGUGAUUUCAAUGGUGAUUCCAAAACUGAUUUGGUCGUGGCAAAUUAUAUUGAUAACACUGUCAGUAUAUUGCUCGCUAAAGGCCAUCGAAAUUUUCAAAGGCAGGCCGCAUAUGCUACUGGGCGUUCUCCGAUUUCCGUGGCAACAGGUGAUUUCAAUGGUGAUUCUAAAACUGAUUUGGCUGUUGCAAAUACCGACAAUCACACCGUCAGUAUAUUGUUCGGUAAUGGCGACGGAACAUUUUAA